AUGGCGACGAGCAACGAGCCACUAGACGAGAUUCAAUGGCGCCAUCCAAACUAUGCGCAAACCCUAGGAGGCCUACAUUCCAAUAACAUACUCUUUUACUUCGCCGAGUCUCCCUUCUUCGACCGUACUUCCAACAAUGCCGUUCUCUUUACCCAAGCUACAUUCAAUGAAAACAUGAAGUUCAUAAUCUCGACCCGUGAGCAAUUUGAGGGCCGCCUCAAACAAAUGUCAGGAUUAGAGUAUAUAGUCGCCCAAGAGCCUGCCGAGUCGGGUCCCGGUAUGGGGACUGGCGUCUGGGUCAUCCACAAGCAGACGCGUCGCAAACGGGAUCCCGAGGACGAGGUCACUGUCCAUGCGGCGUAUUAUGUCAUCGGGGAAAAUGUGUAUAUGGCACCAACACUUGCGGAUAUCUUGAGUUUCCGCAUGGUUACUAUCUCAUCAGCUUUGAGCAAAUGUUUCGCGGCUGCGGAUAACGCACGAACCUGGUCGCCAGCCCACGGACAUAUGUACAAAACAGCACCCAGUACUACAAACAAUAGAGCACAAGCACUAGAGUCGAAAGGGGCGACGCCAAUGCCCGAGGGACAAGGGAACAAGACAGCUCCGGAAUCAAAGAAGACGACUCAAUCAGUAGCCGUGGACUCUCGAUUAGCCGAGCAUUCAUUCAUGAUACACAUGCAAUACGGUGGGGACUACAUGGAUGAGAAUCCCAUCACUGGUAAACCUGGUGAAUUCCACCUCACAUCCACAGGUCGUAAAGAAAAACUCCAAACAUUAGCUUUGCCGAAUCUCGACACAUCUUUUAAGAGCUCUACGAUUACUCAGCCAGAUAAGAAGGAUACGAAGGGUGAUAAGACGCCAAAGACCCCUACAGGAAUGCCGUCUAAAUCCAGGCGGAAGAAGAGUAAGGCUGGUGCUACUCCGACUUCUGCGUAG